AUGGAAACUCCAAAACGGAAAAGAGCAAGAAAGUCUGAAAAGGUUGUAGAACUAACCCUUGACCACAUGCUUCGAGGAAAGCCGAUACAACAUUAUGAUCCCGAGCAGGAUGGUCCUUUAGUUUUUAAUUCUACAAGGAAACAGAUAGAAAACCCCCCAAAGCUUAAAGACCCAAACAUUUCAUUUGCAUUGGAGGAAAUAUGGGGACUUGUUAUGGUAUUCAUCCGACAUUCAAAGAGAUCUCCCAAGUUUAUGGUUUAUCCAAACGAGACCAAGCAAGAAAUACUAAAUCGUCGAUUACGUAUUGCAAGAACAUUGCUUGGACGAUGGCUAGAGUAUGUCGUACGGCUAGUAAAAACAUCUAUGCUUACAUCACUAGAAGAUAUCCGAAAAAAGACCAGCAGGAUUAAACCCGAUCUAUAUAUCACAGGCAUAAAUAUAGACUUUGCCGAUAAACUAUAUUAUCAAUUUUCAACUCGGGAAAAAAAAACAUAUAAACAAGUACAUGAAAUUCAUAUGGCAUUUAAACAGCAGUAUACAGGUCUUAUGUCGAACCAAGUAGUGGCUUCUGAUAUUUUAAAUGUACAUUCAAAACUUUACGGUAUAUGGGCAGCAGCCUUUCCCGAGCAAGCGCAAGCUAUGACUCGAGAAGAUUUUCAAUAA